AUGGAAGAAGUUGAUUGGGACGAGGUUGACGAUGACGACAUUGAAGAGUCAUCAUGGGAGCGACUUGAAGGGCUCUCCGAGAUGUUUCCGUCCUUCAUGUGCUCGUUCGCCGGUGUGGCGGUUGACUGGGCGUCCUGGGGAGCCUCUUCCGGGUUUUGGCUGGCUAGUAACGCCUUAUGGAUCGGAGCUACAUCAUCAUUGAUUCUCUUCCUCCCGUACAUCAUUGAGAAAGAACGCAGCGAUAUGGAAAAAUCUCAGGUAGCCCAGCAGCGCCAGAUGCUUCUUGGGCCCGCAGCUGCAGUUCAAGCCGCGAAGCCUCCGCAGCCCUCGUUGCAGCAC